CCAAUUACCAGUACCAUAAUGUAAAACUAUAAAAAGUAUGAUUAUACGGUUUUACAAACUACGAAGUUAAUUAGAAAUUUAGUUUUUGCCACUGACUCUUUUCAACCUUUUCCUUUAAAUUUUAAAUUUUAAUCAUAAAUCUAGUUGAUCAUGAUUUCUAUAAGCCGAAGUUAUUCAAUGACAAGUAAAGGGAGAGUGUUAAUCGGAGGUGGAACUGGAUUUGUUGGAAAAUAUUUAAAACAGUACCUUAAGAACCAAAACUAUGAUGUUACUAUCAUAUCUAGAAAAAACAAUGAUAUUAAUAAAUCUGAGUCUGUUAUAAGUUGGGAUCAGAUAAAAAAAAAUGAAAUUCCACUUGAUACUGUAGCUGUGAUUAAUGCUGCUGGCGAACCAAUUCUCGAACCUACACGAUUCUGGACCAGCAAGUUCAAGAAAUCUGUAUGGGAUAGUAGAGUAAUGACUAAUCAAUACCUUGUAGAUGCAAUCAAUAAUAUGAAUACAACAAAACCGAAAUUAUUUAUAUCUUUUUCCGGAGUAGGUAUAUAUCCUCCAAAUACAGACAAGUGUGAACCAUAUACAGAGAGUUAUGAUAUUAAAGAGUUUGAUUACUUAUCGAAAUUAGUAAUUGGGAUUGAAGAAAGUGCUAUACCAAAAUCAGAUGACGUACGUUCAGUAAUAAUUAGAUUAGGGGUUGUACUUGGCCGACAUGGUGGAUUUAUAAGUCAGCUUUAUCCAUUCUUUCGUUAUGGUUUAGGAAUAUGUAUGGGCAAUGGUUCUCAAUUCUUUCCUUGGAUACAUAUAGACGAUGUUUGUCGUAUAGUAUUAUUUGCUAUUGAAAACAACAGAGUUGAGGGUAUUGUCAAUGGAGUUGCACCUGAAAUUAUUACCCAUCAAUACUUUGCCAAGAGUUUUGUUGAAGUCUUUGGUCAUAGUUUUGUAUUUAAAGUUCCAGGAAUUAUUUUUAAGUUAAUAUUUGGAACAGAACGCGCAAAAAUGGUUUUAGAAGGACAAGCUGUUGAACCAACCAAAUUAAAUAGUUUAAAUUUUGUAUACAAAUUGCCUGAUGUCAAAACAGCAUUGUGUCGUGUAUCUAAAGAAUAAUUUGAUGCAUUGGAAACAGUAUCCAAUAUAGAUAGUUUUAAAGAUGAG